CCCUUCGCGUUCCGAGCUUCACCACUAGAGAGCGCAGAGCUAGAAAAGAAUCGUCUCCUGCACAUAUACAGCUACAGCUUGGCGGCGCCAUUUUUAUGGAGACCAGAUUUUCCUCAUGUUCUUCGGAGCCUGACCCUGGAAAAUGGCGCCUAAAGGAGAGACUAAAAUAACAGGGAGUGCGAGCUCUUGUGGUUGUUCGGUUACUGAGGGAUACCAUGGCUCUGCAGGGCAAACCCCUGGUGCACCUCCAGGAAACUAUUAUGGAGGUCAGCAGUAUGGAGGAGGUGGUCAUCCCGGCCAGCCUACAUAUGGUGGACCUGCACCUGGAGCACCGUAUGGACCACCGGUGUCUAAUAAUGGUUAUGGACAACACAUACCAGGUGGGGCUGCCCCAGGGGGUCCAGGAGGGUCCUAUGGUGGUCAUGCCCCCGGUGGACCUUAUGGAGGACCCGGAACCAAUUCAUAUGGUGCUUCACAGCAAGGACAAUAUGGACAAAGACCUUCUGGUAAUAUACCCCCAGGAGUAGAUCCAGAAGCUUAUACUUGGUUCCACACUGUUGACACUGACAGAAGUGGUUUCAUAACCUUAAAAGAGCUGAAACAAGCCCUGGUCAACUCCAACUGGUCAACAUUUAAUGAUGAAACCUGCAUCAUGAUGUUCAACAUGUUUGAUAAGAGUCAGUCAGGCCGAAUUGAUCUGUUUGGGUUUUCGGCUUUGUGGACCUACCUUCAGCAGUGGAAAAACAUGUUCCAGCAAUUUGAUCGGGACAGAUCUGGCUGCAUCAGCCAAGGAGAACUGCAUCAAGCUCUCUCUCAGAUGGGAUAUAAUCUCAGUCCACAAUUCAUCCAAGUAAUCAUGUCCCGACAUACCGUGAGAUCUGCAAACCCAGGCUUACAGCUUGACCGCUUCAUUCAGAUUUGUACCCAGCUGCAGAGCAUGACGGAAGCAUUUCGUGAUAAGGAUACGCAGAGAGCAGGCAGUGUCAGGCUCAGCUAUGAUGAUUUCCUCACCAUUGCUGUAGGACGCCUACUAUAAAUCAUUGUCCAUUAAACACCUCUUGUUCCUGUACACUAAACCUUGUGAAGAACGCUGUGCAAUACUUAUAUGCAGCUCUUAGUACGUUUUGGGGGUAAAUCCAGUAAUGCCAGAAUUUUUGUACAAUGUAUCUUUGCCUGUAUUAAUGCACCCUUUCAUGUAUAUAGAACAGUAUACCUAUGAAAUGGAAAACUGUAAUGCCUGUUUAUUUACCACCCUGCUCUUUUGAAGUUGUUGCAAAUUUUACCCACAAGGGGGAGAUAGAGUUCAAUAAUUCAGUUAUGAAAACAGUGCUCCGCUACGUUGUUGCCUUCUUUCCGUUCUAUGUUUUCAUUGACAUCGGCAUCCAUUUUUUACAUGAAUGCAUUCAUCUAAUUCUUGCAUUAUUGUUUGGACCCUGUAUUUAAGAUAUAUAGUUGUAGUUAGCUGGGUGAUUCUGUUAAUGGACAUGCUGUAUACCUAAAGUAUGUCAUGUGACACAGCCAAUAGAAAAUGGACAUCCAAAUCGUUGGACUGAAGAUGGCAGAAGAGCUUGUUUUCCCUGUACGUAAGUUCUUCUCCUUACACUUAGCACUGCAAGAAAGCAAACAUACAAUGAAAGCAAGAGCUGCAGCUUUUAAUAUGUUUACAUUCCAAGCAUCUCAGUAAUGUUACACGGUGGGAAUCUUACUUGCCCCCUGUACAUUUUAUAAGUUGUAGGAGACUACCAGGUCAAUACACUUUCUAAGCUGCUCAGGGCAUUUGAGGGAGUCUUUGCAAUCUGUAGAGAUAAUAUUGUAAAAUAAAGAAUGGCAAUUUAGAAAAUGCAAUUGUUACAACAUUUUAGAUCUCAUAUUACUCUUAUCAACUGUUUGUUUGACGUUAUUCCUGCACUGUCUUCAUAUAGAUACAUUUGCUUAGCACAAAGCUGAAAGUUGAGUUUUUAUGCAAUAAAACUUUGAUUUUUUUUUUUUUUUUUU